GAUGUCAUGUUCCAACAUUGUGAUGGGUGCACACAGAACCAUAAAAGUGCAGACCCCGACACACGAAAGCCCCGACGAGAGAACCGAGGGAAGUUGUCCGGGGCCUCACGAAGAGAUGACAUCCCAGAGGAGAGACGCGCGCCACCUGAACCGCGCGGUUUAUUUUGUUGAUUGAGAAAAGUUUCAUGAAGAAAUACAAUGUUUAUGAAUGGGAGUUUUCUGAACAGCUCUGCACUGGACCCUAGCGAGCAAGCACUUCACCGGCCGCCCUGGGUUGCUACUACUCUCGGGUGUUUCCUCAUAUUCACUAUAGUGGUGGAUAUUUUAGGAAACCUGCUGGUGAUUUUCUCCGUUUACAGAAACAAGAAACUUCGGAACGCAGGUAACAUCUUUGUGGUGAGUUUGGCGGUUGCAGACCUGGUGGUAGCCAUCUAUCCGUAUCCGCUGGUCCUUACCUCCAUAUUUCACCGGGGCUGGAACCUGGGAUACAUGCACUGCCAGAUCAGCGGCUUCCUGAUGGGCGUCAGUGUAAUCGGCUCCAUUUUCAACAUCACCGGCAUCGCAAUUAACCGCUACUGUUAUAUCUGCCACAGCCUCAAAUAUGACAAGCUUUACAGCGACAAAAACUCAGUUUGCUAUGUACUGCUAAUAUGGGCCUUGACAGUGAUCGCAAUUGUGCCCAACUUAUUCGUAGGCUCCUUGCAGUAUGAUCCACGGGUUUAUUCUUGUACGUUUGAGCAGUCGGCGAGCUCGGCCUACACGAUAGCCGUCGUCUUCUUUCAUUUCAUCCUUCCCAUCAUGAUCGUCACCUACUGUUACCUGCGAAUAUGGGUUUUGGUCAUACAGGUGCGACGACGAGUGAAGCCCGAUAAUCGUCCCAAGAUCACGCCUCACGACGUACGAAACUUCGUCACAAUGUUUGUUGUUUUCGUGCUUUUUGCCGUGUGCUGGGCACCAUUAAACUUCAUCGGGUUGGCGGUGGCGAUUUCUCCAGAGCGUGUGAUUCCUUUAAUACCUGAGUGGCUCUUUGUGGCAAGUUAUUUCAUGGCCUACUUUAACAGUUGCCUCAAUGCAAUCGUCUAUGGAGUUUUGAACCAGAACUUCCGUCGCGAGUAUAAGCGCAUUGUGGUUUCGGUAUGUACUGCGAGGAUCUUCUUUGCAGAAAGUUCUAAUGAAGCACAAGAGAGACUUAAGAGCAAACCCUCUCCACUCAUGACCAACAACAAUCAGGUCAAGGUGGACUCUGUGUGAGUGUAUAUUGUGUAAGAUGUGAAAAGAACACAAUAAAUUGAAUGUUUGCUUAAAAGUAACUACAAACUAAGUAAACUUGAUAAAAAAAAAAUCUGAUAACCAAAUAUGUUGUCGGGAAGCAGCACCUGGCCCAGAAACUGUGAUUUGUUGCCUCAACACAUUCAAAACAAACAGGAAUUUAUUAUUAUCAUUGUCUUUUUUAAAGCACUUUUUCAUUCUUGGUCAGAAGUACUUGUAUGUAUGAAUUCUUUGUUUAAAUGUUUACAUUAAUUGUAUCAGCAAAUCUAUGUAUGACAUACUUUGUGUAAUGAUUUUAUAUGAGUUAUCUUUGUCUGAAGAAAAAAACAAAAAACAAAUAUAGAGGUAUGAUUGAUUAUAUUACUGUAUAUAAAUGUAUAUUGAGUGUGUUUCACUGAUGUUGAUCAUUCAGUGGAGAACAAAGAACAGUGUUGUCAAAAUGAUGCCAUGAACAUCAGCAUAUCUCUACAAUGCCUAGCCACAACUGUGACCACAACAUUACCAAAAGAGUUUGUUACAGAGUUUACAGUUUUGAAAUGACCUCACCCGGUUCGACACUGUUACUCUGCAUUUCAAAAAGCAAUACACCUGGAUUGCUGCUUUCCUACAAUCCCCUGCAAAUAUGUUUGAAAGUAUGGGGUUCCUGCUCUGUGGUCUGUUUCUAUCCUUUCUGCUUACUAUUCUGUUUUUCCCCCUUCUUUUUUAGCGUUUUCUUUCUGUCUUUUUAAACAUCUCCCUCCUUUUAUUUUCCUUUGUACCUGUCUCUUUUACUCCACUCUUUGUUGUGCAUGGAUCUAAUGACAAGUUCAUAUGCAAACUGAGUAAAAAUAAAAAAAAGUAAAAUGUUUGAUAAAAAAUA